GUUCACAGAGUUGACACAACCUGGUUACUUCGCUCUCUCUGCCUAAAAUCCUAAGAUGUCACUUUUUCAUGUCAUUCUCUGCCUUCAGUUUUGUACUUCAUUUCUCAGGUCAGUGAUCAAUCUUUCGUUAAUUCUCUUUUACAUAUAAACUUCUUGUUUUACCGGAGGAAAUAGCACAAACUGUUCAUGAACUCUUACAAUGCUGGUAAAGCUCCAGCCUUUGACAUUGUCCAAGAGAAUCCCUUUCUGGGUCUGCUCAGGUGCAUGCAUUUCUUCAGCUUCAUGUGCUAAAACCGUUGAAUGUUUCCCGGGAAAGAAUCAAGACCCACCAAAUUCAUCCGACUUUGAACAAAAUAUCCAGUCUUUGAGGAAUAAGCUUGUUCCUGAUAACUUAAUCCGGGUUUUAGAUAACACUGAUGAUUUGAGCUCAGCAGUGAAGGUAUUCAAAUGGGCUUCCCUCCAAAGACGGUUUAACCACACCGCAGAUACGUAUUAUCGGAUCAUUUUGAAACUGGGUUUAGCUGGAAAGGUUGAGGAAAUGGAAGGGUUUUGUCAAAAUAUGGUGAAAGAUAAAUGCCCAGGUGUUGAAGAGGCUCUUUUGGCAUUGGUUGAUAUGUUUGUUAAACAUUGUAGGCAAAGUGAGGCAAUAAGGGUACUUGUGAAUAUGAAGGCAGGUGGCUAUAGGCCAUCAAUUGAGACAUUUAAUGCUGUAUUGGGCGCUCUUGUGGAGGAUAAGAGAGAUUUUCAAGAUGUAUUGUUUGUCUAUAAGGAGAUGGUGACGGCAGGGAUCUUACCAACUAUUGAAACUUUGAAUUAUUUGUUAGAGGCAUUGUUGGAGACCGACCACAUUGAGUCUGCUUUGGGUCAGUAUAGGAGAAUGAAGAAGAAAGGGUGUAGCCCUAAUUGUAGGACCUUUGAGAUACUCAUAAAGGCUCAUAUUGCAAAAGGUAGAGUGGAUGAAGCUGUUAUUGUUUUAAGUGAAAUGCUUGAACUUGGUUGUCAGCCUGAUUUGAGUUUUUAUUCCACCGUAAUACCUUUGUUUUGUCAGAAUAAUAGACCCGAGGAGGGAAUCAGAUUGUUCGAAAUGAUGAGAGCUUCCAAUUUUAUGCCGGAUUCAUUGAUUUGUGGGGUUCUGUUACAGUGUUUAUGCAAGAACCUUUGUUUAAAUGAUGCGAUAAAGGUUCUAGAAGAUAUGAUGGAAACUGGAUUGACACCAGCUAAUGAUGUGUUUGCGGACAUAGUAAAUGUGUUCUGUAAAUUAGGGAAGAUAGAUGAUGCUAUGAAGUUCUUGGAAGAUAAGCAUAUCCUAGAAACUUCUGCCUGCAAUGUAUUGCUUGAAGGUUGCUGCAGUGCUGGUAAAUUUCUUAUGGCAAAAGACCUACUUGUGAAAAUGUCUGAAAGUGAUGUAGCUGAUUGUAAUUCGUGGAAUAUUCUUAUCAGAUGGCUUUGCGAGAAUUCCAGGAUUAGGGUAGCGUCUGAAAUUCUAGGUAGAAUGGUGGUGUCUUCUUCUCUUCCUGACUGUGCCGCAUACUCAGCUCUAGUUAUUGGAAACUGCAAAAUGAGCAACUACAGAAAUGCUCUGGAUUUAUUUCAUCACAUCCGUGCCAAAAGCUGGGUUUUGGAUCCUACAUCUUACUCUGAGCUUGUCAAAGGCCUUUGCCUAGUGGAAAUGACUCAUGAGGCCACUGAAGUGUUCUGUUACAUGUCUAGUAAUAGGUGCUCUAUCCAGUCUUCCUCGUUCAAUAUGUUGAUCAAGGGUGUAUGUGAGACAGGAAAGGUUGAUGAAGCAAUAAGGCUACAACAAUUGGCCUAUUAUUCUGGUACUUCUUCUACCGGUUCAACUUACUCAGCUAUUAUGUUUGGAUUGUCAAAAUUAGACAAGGCAAAAGAUCUGCUAGUAGUUCUCUCAAAAAUGUUGGUGGAGGGUUGCAAUCUUGAUCUGGAUGCGUAUUGCAUACUCAUACAAAGCAUGAGUCUGCAGAAUCGAGUGAAAGAAUGCAUAUUGCUUUUCCGUAUGAUGGUCAACGAGGGUCUUAUACCUGAUUCAGAGAGACUAUUUAAUCUACUGUCUUGUAUAGCCAACCUUUCUCAGCUGCACGUGAUUUCAGAUUCAAUUGAUAAGCUUGCUUCUAGUAGCGAAGCUCUGAAUUCAGCAAUUUAUAAUGUACUGAUUAACGGCCUCUGGAAAGAGGGUUAUAAACGUGAGGCCUGUCAAUUGUUGGAUAUAAUGUUGGAAAAGGGUUGGGUCCCAGAUGCUAAGACUCAUGGAUUGCUUAUUGGUUCUGCUGUUAGCGAAGAAGUAGAUUGGAACGUGUUGGACUAUGAUAAUUGUACUGUCCAAGAUACUGUUAGCAACAUCCUUGCAGAGGGAUUAGAUGUGACAUGAAUCAUGAUAAUUCCAUCCCAAUAAUCAAUUCAUGACCUAUUCGUCGCUCAACUACCUUGGUGAAGUGUGCUUUUGUUACAUGUUCACUAUUGAAGAUUUUGUCUCCAAAAUCAGUCACAGCUGAGCUAGUUUGUAGCUGUGGUGCCUAGUGCAAUGGAUUGGGGGUAUGAUUGUUGCCUACCCUGUUCAAUAGUUUUCUCCACCUUCACGUACCAUGUGCAUUGAUCUCUUGUACAGAUUCUAACCCUCAACCAAGACCAAGAAAGGUUCGUUGUUAUACCAAUAUGUUCCUACAGCUUCAAAUCAAAAAAUCCUUCAAAAAGUAAUGGAUGCGGAAGUCAGAAUGCAGAACAGUGAUGUCCUAUUUGAGCUAGCUGCCUGGGAAGCUUUAUGUAAUCAAAAGAAAUUGAAGCCACUUCAAAUGUAGAAGAUUGCCAAGUCAGAACCAAGCAUCCCUAAUGAGACUUGUUCGGACCUCACUUGUUGCGCGGUACUUUACUCCUAGGCAAGAAGGGUCAAGAAUGAAAUGAUAGGCAAACUGGUGAAGGUUGGGAUCGAAGAUUCAAGCAGGGCAGCUUUUCCCUGUGCAAGUGGUUCAUGAACCCUCCUUGUUUUGCUUUUAGUACUAUAAGUUUGAACUGAAAAGACAUAAAAAAGAAGUGUAAGGAGGAAAUUGAUAAGUGUCAUUCUUCAGAUAGACUUUUCAGAAAUUUCCUCCUUUUUUAAAAAUAAAAAUAAAAAUUCUUGUUGGCUCAAAAUUAGCUUAAUUUUCUUUUUGUUAUUUAUUGGUUGUUUGGUUGGAUGGAUAUCUCUUUUAGUUGUUUUAUUCUAUUUCAUUGUGUAAUUUUUUCUUAAGAUUAAUUUUAAUGUUGGUUGAUUGAUUGUAUUUUUUUCCCAAAUUAGUUGCCUUCAAAAGACUCGGUCAAUGUCAAUUAAUACCAGUCUUACCAGAGUUUGCUUAAAAAUAGCAGUCAUAGGAAAAAGGCUUUGAACUUCUAGUAUUAUGUUACCAAAAACAAACUACUAAACUAAAUGCAGUUAAGAUCAGUUCUAUUUCUUGUUGCAGGCGCUGUUGAGCCUCAAAUACACGCUCGCAUAGUAAAGGAGAGAGAACUACAGAAGAACAAGCAAUUUGUGCCAUCAUCUCUUCUUAUGUCAUUAAUUCCUAAUGGAUGAAGAUCCGGAAGAGAGGAAUGAAAUUCUUAGCAACAUGAUAGUGAUCGGGGUCUCCUUCGUGGUUAUUGCCGCAGUUGUGGUGCUUGUCGUGGUGGAUGUAGAUAGCCCCAAGAAGACUAUAGAACACCCGAUGAACAACACAGGCAUCCACAUGAGCCUUGACAACAUUUGUGGCAGAACUGAUUACAGGGGACUUUGCCAAGACACUCUUAGUCCGGUUGGCAACAAAGCUGAUGUGGUAAAAUAUUUUACAGCGGCUAUCAAAUCAACCCUUGCGGCAAUGAAAAAUGUGGAACACAAUAAGCCAAAAGGUGGUGAUAACCAAAAGGGAAAACUUGGGUUGCUUUGGACUGAUAGACUUGGGGAUUAGCCAGCUUGAAUCUGUGUUAGCCGUUCGAUCAGAGGACUUGUUCGGGAGGAAGUCAGCUGAUGUUAAGAGCAGCCUGAAUGCUGUAAUCUCGUACCAACAGAAAUGCCUUCAACAAUUGCCUCCUGCAAAAGCCAAACCAGUUCUUCUUGAUCAAGCGUUGAAGAAGCCCAUUGAGCUUGCAAGAAAUGCAUUAUGCAUGGUACAUAGCCGAUGAGUACUUUGCAAGAGACGUCAAGAGGGCUAACAGCUUACACAAGCAUCAAACAAUUCUUUUUUAUAUAAUUGAGGGAGGGAGGCAAUGACAUGAGCUUGAACGUUCACCCAAUAUGCGUUCUAGCUAGGCUGCACGCAGAUUCUUUCAUGUACCUUAAUCCCAAGAAAUCCAAAACAAAACUGAUUCUUUUUUUCAA